CAAGAGCGCGCCGGACAGAGCGCAAUGAACGACGCGUCGGUCAAGACAGGCGCGCCUAUAUCGUCCAAAGUUCGUACAGUAUUGCGCGGAGGGCGAGGUGGACUCGGAACCACACACGGACAUGGACACGGACAUGGGCACGUGAAGAACAAGACGUGGAUUGCUGGACGGGCGUCGGCCUCACCGUCUCCCGCGCCUGAUGGACGAUGGGAAAGAGGACGUGGUGGAGGUGCAAGCAGAGGAAGAGGACGAAGUGCACGCACCGGCGUCAAUGGACAUAUGACGCUUUCUGCGAACGUCACAGAGGACGAGGAUGACGAAACUGGUGUUUCUGAAGCAGGCCCUUCACGUGUGCCUUCUCCCAACCUGACUAGUACGAACGGUGCAGGAAAGACAUGGGAAGAGCUCGUCAAAGAGCGCGAAUCAGAACGUGCGCGUGCAAUUCGCGAAGGCAAGAUGGACGAUCCGACAAAGCCAAAGCGCCUAGAUGAAGCCAUCACGAUUGUCGGUACCUGUCAAGAUAUGUGCCCGGAAUUUGAGCGAUAUAGACGAGAACGAGAGAAUAACCUGGACAAGUGGGAAUGCAUUGUUGGCCCGGAUGGGAGGCCGACGAAGAAGGUGGACCAUGCACGAGCGGUGAAGAUUUACGAGCGUGGUCAGGGAGACAAGAUCAUCCCUUCGGACUUACGACCUGCACCUGUUCUCAAAAGAACGCUUGACUAUCUCUUCCACGCUCUCAUUCCGAGAGGUGGCUUCGCCGAUACUCAAGCGUUUGUACGCGACCGAUCACGCGCGGUUCGCAAUGACUUUACGAUUCAGCAAGACACAGGACCCAUCGCUAUGGAAUGCCACGAACGUUGUACACGAUUUCACAUCCUGUCCUUACAUCUUAUGUAUGGCAUACGAACGUUCGAUAGAGCGUUGGAGAUUCAACAACUUAUGAAUUCUCUUCUGUCAUUAAAAGAGUUUUACGACGACCAGCGAGGAAACUACCAAUCACCGAACGAGCUCGAAAUGCGUAUUUAUCAUCGUCUUGGCCUCAUUCGCGAUCAACACGAGCGCAACGACAGGCCACCACCGCACAUCGCUACUGAUCCAGCAUUCCAGCUCAUAACUCGUUUCCGGUCUGAAGUGCAACGAGCGAGCGUUCCAAUUACGAAAACAUCGCAGAUGAAGGUCAGUGCCGAGGCGAUGCAAACUUUCAUGGAACUCGCAGGUGUUCUACGCGAACGCAGAAAUAUCGUUAUGAUCUAUUUGAUUGCGUGUUUUCUUGAACAUAUUUUUGGGAAGGAUACGAUUGACGAUAUGGAGAGUAUUAAGGGCGAGUUGUCGAUACAAGAUAUUAUUGAUGGGAAUUCGGAUGCCGCGAUGUCGGACGAGGCAGAGGAUGGUGACAUUGAGGAUGCCUAUAUGGAUGACGAGAUGAUUGAGGAAGAUGAUGAUGGGCAAGAGGAGGAUGAAAUGAACGCUUUUAUCCAAGACGAGGAUGGCGCGGCAGAGAGCGGCAACGAAGUCUCAAUUGAGGUUCACCCUCCAGAGGAAGAGGCACCCAUUCCGAACAACACAAGCAUUCUUCAAUCUCAGUCUGCACCUGCCGUCUUUCCUUCUUCAUCUCCUUUUGGGAACUCGACGAGCCGGUCACCUUUUGGCACGAUUCCUGCAAACGAAUCCGUCUUUGGAAAGAUUGUCAGUUCAUCAUCAACACCAUCAGUCUUCGGGAAUACGGGGUCUUCGUCUGUAUUCGGGAAUGCGAUGAACUUGUUCAAUUCCAGGCCAAACGUCUUUGGUGGACCUGUUUUUGGCGCCUCUACUGUCGCUAGUUCAUCGACACCACCGAAGUCCGCCGAGACUGCCGGUCAAAGCACGACAUCCAUGCCGCCGUCGACUUCCACUAUCUUGCAGGAGACUAAACCCUUGCGAAGUCUUGCUGACUCCGCACCUCUUGCUUCAGGUGGAGGGGAGGAUCACGUUGACCCAUCUGAAACUGUACAAACCGCACCUCCGCCCCCGCCUUUCGCUUCUUCCAGGAGUGCGCCCGUGCUUAAUCCUGCUGCCCCGAGCUUUGCACCUGGAGCUAUAAGACCUUCACAAUCUUCUACACCGUUUGCUGCCGCCGAAGCACGAGCCAACCUAACACCAAUCCGGACCGAUUCGUUAUGGAAUAGGAUAAUAGACCCGAAUCGAGGAGUCUUUGCAACGCCGGUGGACUCCCCUUCACAACCUUUCCCUUCGCCUUCGCCUCGGAGACCUCAGAGUGGGUCUUCGUUAUCGAUUAAUACGACUUCCGCUCUACAAGUGCCUAGCGGGAGUCGGAAUACCUUGGACUCACCUGUUGCUCCGCCAGCAUUGCGUAAGGCGCCAAUUUCUCUGCCUGGGACACCUACAGCGUCGUUCUCAGCCUCCUCGAUACCACCUGUUGAAGCGAUUACUCCAAAUACUCCCUAUCAUUUUCCCGCGCUACGGGUCAACAUUUCUUCAACGACGACUAGCACUCCAAACCUUCUCCCUCCUUCUAGUUCGCGAAUAGUCGAACCGAGUGGUACUUCACCUAGGCCUGAUCGUCAACCUCCUACUUCAUCGCCAUUAGCUCGAAACACUGACGUGUUCGGAGAAAAGUUGAUAGACUCACUUAAAUCUGUCGAGGAAAAGCGCGACUUAAACGAUCAAGCUUAUGCUUUCAGUCGAACACACGGAAUGAUCCCUACAAUUUACAAGCGAUGGAAACAGAAGAUAGUAGACAACGCAAAGUGGAAAGAAGCGUGUCAGAGGAGUGACUCGUAUAAACAAAAACUCCACGAGAGUACGACGGAUAGCUCGCUUGGUUCGCUUGGUUCUUUCCCUUCGGCUUCGUCUUUUAAACGACAACGAAGUGCGUCGGAGUUGAAUACGGAGCAACAGAAGAGACCGCGACGGUAUCAUAAACGGAUCUCGAAUCCUGCGGAACAGCGGACUGACGAGGAGCUGGCAGAGAAGCUCAUGCAGAAUCGACAAAAGUACGAACGCAGAUGGGCAAGAGGAUUAUUCACAAAAGCCAUCCAAGAUGAUGUACGAUCUCGGGUUAGAGAGAUCCCGGCAAGCUGGGCUACGUGGUUAUGUAUGAACCCGGACAAUGACAAAACGGCGAUUUGGCUAGAACAGAAGUUUGACGUACCGAAAUCAGGGAAUUGGGUAUCCGAAGCCGUUUUUGCUAUUUCCGCGUCGGAGACACCGGAGAAAGAAGUAUUUCCGGGAUUGAUCGUUUUUGAGUGUACACCGCUUGAAGGGGCAGGUGAUGAUAUCGAGAGGAAAUAUCGGGUACUUGACGAUUGUUCGAGGUUAAGAGACGUCGUCUCUACGCUGCCGGAGGACCGACAUUAUACACCUUCAAUUUUGUUCAUCAACUGGGACUCGAGCUCUGGGAACGAAGUCGAUCCUGAGAUCUCGCAUAUGAUUGCAAAAUACAUAGAAGAUGGCAUACUUCGAGAUAGUGUAACUGUCAUCAUGUCUUCAGAUGACACCAAUGAAACGUUUGCGAACUGCCUAUCGAGAGUGGACGUCGAUCUUCGUGGAGAUCUCGUCGAAAAGCUCAAUUUAUCCGAUCUUUUUGAGUGGUUGAGCCCACCUUGGAGUGAAGCCGCGUCGAUAUGGGUGGAUGCUUGCUCUGCUAAUGAGACCUUUGACUGGCGAAUGUUUACCUAUGUCGUGGAACAUUUCGUCGAGAGUCUGAAUGCCUUGCUUGGUUUGGUCUCCUCUUUAUGGCGUAAUGCAUCUCCUCGUGUUUCACCUUUAUCGCUUCCACUGUUCGGAAAGGAGAGGGACGAACAAUCGGUACCAAGUGUCAUCGCAGACUGGUUACGCUCACCAGGCCUUGAAGCACAUCAUUUGGCAAGUCACUACUUAUCUUCCGGGUUCAGUGCAGGUGCAGAAGCACGGACUUUCUUCUAUGACCUCCUUCAACUUGCCUGUCUCCACGCUCAACGAUGGCUAGGCGAUACGCCGCAUUACCAGCAGCAAGUCAUACCAAAGAAAACUCUCGAGGAGGCAUCUGCUCAAUUUACGGAAGCUUUGGAGCGGGCUGAAGGCAGGUUACGAGCUUUGGUCAAGUCAUUGCCUCGGGCAUCGCCGAAACGCAAGGCGAACGGGACCGUUAAUGGGAAUAGCAAUGGGAACGGCUUCUUGAGUGGGAAUGGGAGUGUUUCGCAGACUUCGAGUCCAUCCCCGCAAUCCCCUUCAGUCAGCACAAAACGCGCUCGUGUCUCACAAUUACACUCGUUUGAGCCGUUAGUGGAAGACCAAGACGAUGAUCAAUCGUUCGUUGUGCCGACGCCUCCUACCCCGAGCGUGGCUACAUCCGUGGGAGCCAACUCAAGCGUAUCGAGUAUCACUGCUGCGAUGCUUCGCGCGCUGUCGAGAGACGUGAUCAAAAAAUACGGAGGAAAGGGUAAGAAGAGAGAGAGCGGGAGUUAACCUAGCUCCCCACUACCCACCUUGGGAGAUACUAGGGGCGAUUGUAUUUCUUUCUAAUGUGCCAUCUGUGUGACUCAUUCCGUCCUUUGGGAUCGUUUUUUGUUAUUAAAUUGGUAUCAGGGAGGACAUCUUGCAUAUUGACCACAUGCUUUGCGUUAUAAUCUUGUCUUUAUUUCCUCUCUUUACAAUUAUUUAUCAACUCUUUUUUUAAAUAUACUAUCCGCACGUGUACAU